AUGGCGAUCACUUCCCGUGGCUCUCCUCGGCUCGGCCAGCGCCUGGCGGAGGGGGGCGCUCAAGAGCCCGGCGCGGUCGCCGGGAGGACCAGUGGGGCAGAAGCCGGAGGAGGAAGUGGUCCGGAGCCCGGUGGGCGCGAGCGGGAGAUGGUGCUGCCGGGGCCGCUGCUCGGGAGUGCUCGCCGUGCGAUCCUCGGGUCGGCGCAGUCUGUGCUCUGGGGUUUGAAGUCAAUAAAAGGAAGCUGCCACAAUUUUUGUACUGCUGUUUUCAAAGAUGUCACUUACAAGGAACUUAAAAGUCUCUUGAAUUCCAGACAAAUUACGUUAAUUGAUGUUAGAGAGAGAUGGGAAAUUGUUGAGUAUGGGAAAAUUCCCGGGUCUGUCAAUAUACCAUUGGAUGAGGUAGGUGAAGCUCUACAGAUGAACCCAAAAGACUUCAAAGAGAAGUACAAUGAAGUAAAACCAUCCAAAUCUGACAGCCUAGUGUUUUCUUGUUUAGCCGGAGUGAGAAGCAAGAAGGCUGUGGACACAGCAGUAUCUCUGGGCUUUAACAGUGUUCAACAUUAUGCUGGAGGAUGGAAGGAAUGGGUGACUUAUGAAUUUUCAGAAAAGAAAAAAGGAAAUUGAAUUCUGGAAUACAAGCUGGCUCUUUCCUUUUGUACAUGCAGCACAGGAUAGUAGAAUGAACAAAAUAAUAAUCUAGUCCUGGCAUCACUGGUUAAUGGGAAGGGGAUUUUGUGUAAGUCAAUUCUGUGUUGAAUCUUUUUCUUAACUGUAAACUGUAAAUUGAGAAUGCCUUGCCUAUUUCCUUGAGGAUUGAAAUAAUGUAUGUAACUUGCCAUAGAAAUAUAAGGGUUGGAGUCUAAAAAAAAAAAUAAUAAUAAUUAUUUAUGAGAGAGGGAGAGAGACAGAGCAUGAGCAGGGGGCGGGGUUGCAGAGAGAGAGGGAGACAUAGAAUCUGAAGCAGGCUCCAGGCUCUGAGCUGUCAGCACAGAGCCUGACGUGGGGCUCAAACCCAUGAGCUGUGAGAUCAUGACCUGAGCUGAAGUCAGACGCUUAACUGACUGAGCCACCCAGGCGCCCCUGGUAUCCUAGAAAUUAAUUUGUAAAUAGUUUAGUGAACUAGUUUAGUUUACUAUAGUACAAUAGUACUCUCAAAGCCCAAGUUACUUGUAGUACCUAAUCAUAAUGUAGGACCAUUUGUGUUAGCAUGGCUUCUAUUCAUUAAAGAGUCUAUGAGCUAGACAAGUUAUUUUUUUUUUAUGAUUAUAACAUAUUUUAGUUUGUAAAUUUUCCCAUUUUAGAAAAUUCAUAAAAUUGUCUUAAUAUGAUAUACAAAAUUUCUGAUAGAUAAACCUUUCACUCAUGAUGAAUAGUUACUGAAUAUUGAAUAAUAUAAAGCAGCUAGUAAGCAUUUCUUGAACACCUUUUCUUGGUUGAGACCCUAUGCUAAAUAUUCCAAAUGCUAAAAAGAUAAUAAAAUAGAUGCGAUUCUUCUCUGAAGGUGUUUGAUUUCUAGCAGAGGUCUAUAAAAGUAAAAACAAACAAACAAACAAACAAACAGACUUUGUCUUAAAACACCAAGAAUCUGAGCUCUAGAAAAGUAGGUGAAAUAUGAAUAAUGAAAAUACAUUAACACCCCCCAAAGACUUACGGCAAUGUUGUAACCAGUAUGGUAGCAAUAUAACUUGCAACUUAAAUUAAUUAAUAUGACCUAUAAAAAUAGAAAUCAUAGUGAUUGCUUCUGUAGAGGGAAGGUUAACUGGAAAAAGCAAGGAGGGAAAUUUCUAGGGUGAUGGAAACGAUUUAUAUCUUGAUUGAAGUGUUGGUACAUAGAGUAAUACAUUUAUCAAAACUC